CUCCCGCCACCACCAGCUGCCUGAGGUUGCCCCGCUAUCUGAUUUCCAUCGCCCGCCUCUCCAUUGAUCUUCGCCAUGGUCCUCCGCACUCUGAAGGCUGACACUGAGAACAAGGCCCCGACGGGCCUGCGCCGCUCGCGCGCUGAGCAGCAGAAGCGGCGCCGCACCCGCGUCGAGCACGCCGCAAAAGCCGCACACAAGCGCACGAGCCUCCCGAAGCUGGUCACGACCCCGCGCACCAGUCUCGAUCAUAUGCGCCAUCACCAUCCGAGCGCGAGCCCCUCUCCUUCGAUCAACGACAUUGAGAUGGCCGACGCGACUGCCCCGGCGACGCCCACCGUCCCCACCACCCCGAUUCAGCUGCCACGCGAGCUGAGACGUCCGACGUUCCCGCCCGUGUCCCCCGAAGCCCUCCGCGCCGUUGGGGAAGUAACAAACGCCCCCUUUGUGCGUAAUGCAUUGGAUCAAUUGGGUCCUAGAAUGCUCCAAGUCGCUCAGAGCGUGCGCGUGCCCUGCGCCCCCGCGUCGCAAAUUCCGCGCGAGCUCGCCGUGAUCGUCAACGACCGCGCCGCCUCCGCGCCCACCCACAUGCUCGCCAUCCACGGCCCCCCGCCUGCCAAUGCCGCGCCGCGCAAGGUUCAGCUGCUUCCCGCUCACUCUGCCGUCCUCGCUGCGCACUGCGCGCGCCUCCCGCCCUUCCCCCCCGCGCGCGAAAAUCUCAUCUCGACCGUCCCCGCCGCGCUCGCCCUCCCCGUCCGCGCGAUCUCACUGCCUGUGCCCGCACAGUUCCCGCUGCUCCUCGGGUACCUCUACGUGCGCGACGCGGACGGCCUUUUGCGUACGCUGCUGCCCGAGCCGGUUCCCUCUCUGUCUGUAGAGGAGGAGGGGACGGAAUUCCCUCUUGCCGCGUACGCGCGCACGAUAGGAACCAAGUACGCGCCCUCGGCGCUCCUUGCGCACGUUGGGCGCGUGCACGGGCUCUGGCAGAACGUGUGUGCACUGGGUGUGAACGACGACGCACUGUGGGCGACAAUGCAGCUGGCCUGGCAGGUGCUCCUGGCGGCGAUCGCCGUGGCGACGCGUGCGCCGGAGCGUUUUGGCUUGGGCUUGGAGCGUGAGGCGACGAGGCCGUCUGCGAGCCCGAGGCCUGUCUGCAACGGCGUGUCUUCGCAUCCGAUAACCUCGUCAUAGACAGCCUCGGGAUGGAACACUUGCAUCCUCGUUAUCGGUCAACGACAAUAACGGUCAUCUCACUGGCUCGCCCUCAUGGCCCGCCGAGUACAUUGCAUCGCUCUGGCGCUUCUACUACCCACCAGGGUACGCCCUCCCUCGGGGAGAUUACGGGAGUCAGGACUAUCGCUUCGCUCCUCGCGGGAUGGGAAUAUACGCCCUCCAACCACUUUAGACGUUCAUCAUCACAAUGGACAUCGUGCAUAUCAUUAUUCGUCAGUCAAUCACUGUAUCAUCACCACUGACUUCGUUCUUCUUCUACAUAUGUUGUAUGCUUUACUAUGCCCCAUCUUUUUCUGCACGUCUCAUACCCCCUAUAACUUUUUAUGGCAAUAAUCAUCAUCUGCGCGCACCUCUGCUGAGGGCGCAAACCUGUAUUUUCAGCGUGACGAUGCAGGCCCGGAAG